AACGAUCAGCUGAAAUGACAGUAAACACAACCUAGGCGACUAAUUAUGUAAACUAGCACAUAUGCCCUCUUCAAAUGCAUUGCAUACAGAGAUUUCUGUUUUCGUUCUCUGUUGUCAAAGUGCGCUUCUGUCGUGCAACUGUACGACUGGAAUCAACAAAAUGCUUUUCCGAUUAUGAAGAAGCGCAAGUCGAGCCACAAGGUGAACGAGAGAUUUCCACGAGCAAGCUGGGGCCUAGGCGAAGGGUCUGUCAGCAGGUUCUGCAGCAUUUUGACUCGCAGUACACAGAGGAGCUUGGCAGCUUAUGGACAUCGGCAAGGUCGGUGUUGCUGAACCCGGACUGCUGGCAGUAUGGGGUGAUGCUGAACCGCUUCACUGAUCUAUCGGACCUGAGGACGCGGCUGCAGGAGCUUGGAUACACCAGCCUCCUUCCUCAGAGAGGGGACCACUGUACCUCCACACACACACACAUCCAAGAAAACACACAUCACUCUCACACACACGGCGAUGACCGGUCUCCUCAGAGCUCCCCCAGUGCGCACACACACACUCACCCACGCUGGCUCGCUGCGGGCUCUCUGGAGUGUGUGGUGCAGCGGGCAGCGGUGCGUCUGCCGGCCCCGAGGCACGAGCGCGGCCGUCUCAAGGGCUACUUCCUGCUGAACGCCGCCUCGCUGCUUCCUGUGCUGGCGCUGGGCGUCACCGAGGGAGAGCGCGUGCUGGACAUGUGUUCUGCUCCGGGAGGCAAAGCCAUCGCCAUCCUACAGGCUGCCAACCCAGGCCUUCUGCAUUGUAAUGAAGUCAACACACACCGCUGUGAUUGGCUGUCUAAGACACUGGAGUCCUAUGUGCCCACCCCUCUGAUGGAGACGGUGCGAGUGACCAAUCAGGAUGGGAGAGACUUCAGACACUCGCACCCAGGGUUUUACGAUAAGGUGCUGGUAGAUGCUCCCUGUUCCAAUGACCGAAGUUGGCUUUAUACCUCCAGCGUCCAGCAGGGAGAGCUAUGGCUGAAAGAGAGACGCAACCUGCCCCAGCUACAAGCCCAACUACUCCGCUCGGCGCUGGCAGCGGUGCGGCCCGGUGGGGUGGUGGUCUACUCCACCUGUACCCUCUCUCGGGCGGAGAACCACGACGUUGUCGAGGCCGUCUUGGCAACCUGCCCAGGGGUGGAGCCUGAGGACCUGCAGCAGGAGCUGGCUAAUCAGCUUUCAGAGCACUUCACCUUUGCCCCGCCCCUCUGGCCCCCCCGGCUGCUGGUCGUCCCCGAACGCAUCGGACACACCUGGGGCCCCAUGUACCUGGCCCGCCUCCGGAGAAACUAAACACACACACACACACACACUCUCAUUCACUUACAGACACACAUUCAUACACACACUCACCUGGGGUCCCAUGUCCCGGUCACGACCACACACACACACACACACACACACACACACACACACACACACACAUCCACUCACAUACAGACGCACACACACACACGCACAUGCCUGACCUGUGUAACCUUUCUUGUCCGAGGAGGAGAGACUACACACACACACACACACACACACACAGUGCUCAGUGAUCAACUGCCAUACACACAACUUGAAAUGAAAAUGAAGGAAAAUGAAGUGAGAAUGAAGUCCCGCUUUAGUGCUUUAGGAAGGCUCUGCUGUGCAGUGAGUGUUGUUAUUUUCGCCAUUUGUUUAAUGUCAUAUAAUAUAAUUUAUAAAUGAGAUUAAGAUGGAGGUAUUCUCCAAACCUCUCCAAAGUUUUUAAU